AUGAUGGGAUUAUUGCCCAUAAAAAGUAAGAUUCAAAUGGAGGCAAAGCUACAUAAAUGCCCAUCCACGAGACAUAUUCUAAACUCCUUGCGUGAGAUGCAGCUAUCAAAACUGGAUGCUGGGAUUUGUUUGAGUUGCCUUGCAGAGAUAGGGUUGUACGAUGCUGAGUUAUGCAACGUCUGCUGUGAAGUACUUUUUUCUACCCACGCACUCGUGACCUGUCAGCAGUUUGCAGAGGUCAUCUAUAGCUUUGGGGGUCCUGCAGCACCGGCAUAUUCAUCAGAAGUUUUUUUCCAGUAUGAUGGACUUCAAGAAGUGUAA